UAAUGUAUUAGCAUCAGAGUUGAGCUUUGAGGUUGCUGGAUUCUGAGAGUUUUUCUACAAAUGUAAUAUUUUUCUUUCGGGGACUCGUAUUUGGGGGAAGAUAUUUUCCUUUGAUAUUAGUGGUUGAGAUCGAAAGUUGAUUGCUAGAUUCCAAGGCCAGUCGUUGCUUCUCUCCCUCGCUAGAUUGUCAGAUAUUUUCUUCUUUCUCCUCUUCCUUGAUCGGAAAUCAUUUUCCCAGUGAUUCCGUAGCUUUGUCCUGUUCUGGUGUCCUGUUUUUUUUCUCGGUUUUUCGAAAGAUUAGGAAUUUUCUCUGAUUCUGCUUUGUGGGUCUCCGAUGGUUGAGGUGGUGGUUGUGAGUAGCGACGACGGCAUGGAGGCGGAGGAGGGGAGGAAGACGAUCGACGGCGGAGGACAGUCGUCGGGAGUUGUCCUGUGGGAAAAAUACAUGCCGAAAAUAGUGCUUAGGGUUUUGCUCGUCGAAGCCGAUGACUCCACUCGCCAUGUCAUCUCCGAUCUUCUCCGCAAAUGCAAUUACAGAGUUUCUGCUGUUCCGGAUGGUUUAACGGCGUGGGAGACUCUGAAAGGGCGGCCACAGAGCAUAGACCUUGUCCUAACCGAGCUGGAUUUGCCGUUGAUAUCUGGUUUUGCGCUUCUUACGCUGGUCAUGGAGCAUGAAACUUGCAAGAACAUUCCAGUCAUAAUGAUGUCCUCGCAAGAUUCGUUUGGUAUGGUCUUGAAGUGCCUGUUGAAGGGAGCGGCUGAUUAUCUUAUCAAACCUGUCAGGAAGAAUGAGCUGAGGAAUCUAUGGCAGCAUGUCUGGAGAAGGCAUGCAUUGUCCGCUCCGCCUGUUCAUCAUGGCUUACCGGCUUCAGAGCCUAAGCUCGAAGCUACAGCUGAAAACAGCACAGAAUCCAGAGAUUACUUGACUUCUACUACCUGCAAAAAUACGAACAGAAAAGGAUUUGAUGUUCAGAGCUCUUGCUCAUCUCAUGGCAUCUCGAGGGCAAAGCAAGCUGAUGGUGGCAUUCCAACCAUGCUUAGGGAGAAUGCCAAAUCAGUGAAAGAAUUAGCUACUCCUUUGAAUCAAAUAGAAGUUUCAGAAAAGCUUGCUAAGGCUGGAACUGGAGGAGGAAACAUGCUGUUGGGUGGAAGAGAUGGAACAGCAGAUCUUGGCAGACAUGUAGUUAACUCUGUCUGGAGGGAGAAAAUGUCUGAAUCGUCUGGUAUGACGAUGGAUUUGAUAGGUGCAUUUGACGAGCAGCCCAAUUGCCUUAAUGGAGUCGAUUGUUAUACCGAGAAUGUCUGUCCGGAACUCGAACUUUCUCUGAAAAGAUUCAGCCCCAGAACCUCCAAGGACCAAUAUGAAAGUGAAAGACAAAUGCUUUGCCAAUCCAACAACUCUGCCUUCUCACGAUAUGACAAUGGAAAGCCAGUCGUUGUUGCUGCUGCUACAAGUAGUUCAUCUGAGCCCAAAACGUCGACUGAAUCGCAUGAACAGUUCAAAAUGGUGAGCUCUGAUAUACAAAGCGUCACAACAAGCAGCAACAACCAAGAGAAUAUGGGAUCGUGCAUAAGUGGGCAAUACGGACAGUCUGACUUCAGCUACCUAAACCAAGUUCUUCAGGCGAACCCACAAAAAGAUUCCCCCUUUUCUCGAGAAACAUUGGUCGGAUCCGAGGAAACAAUGAAAGCUGGCCAGGAACUGGAGCUUGGCUGUCAAAGUUGCAGUACAGAGAAGUCGAAGGAAGAACAAAGUGCUGCAGAGGAUGAUGGGCUAAGAGGGACAAUGGAACAGCAAAGAUGGAGACAAAGAGAAGCAGCUCUCUCGAAGUUCCGGAUGAAGAGGAAAGAUCGAUGCUUUGAGAAAAGGGUUCGAUAUCAGAGCAGGAAGAAAUUAGCAGAGCAGCGUCCACGUGUAAGAGGGCAAUUCGUUCGUGCCUUAAAUUAUGAGAUUCCACCUCCUCAUGUCUCCGAUGGACCCUGAACUUCCAAUCUGGUCUGGCGUGGGCCGUUGGCGUGGCUACAGCUACAUCCACACAUAUAUAUGUAUGUAUGUAUGUAUGUUAUACUAUAUAGUUAUGAAGCAAGCAGUGGUUUUUGGCAUC